AGCCGCCCGCAGCGCCAAGCGGCCCGGAGCCCCGCAGCGCCGACGAGCCCGCACAGCGAGAGCUGCAAGCAGCGUUUUGAUUGUUUUUCUCCCUCAUCCGAGAAAGCACCUGGGCGAUCAUUAAUGAAAGAUUGAUGGAGGGUGAGACAGGCUCUGAAUGGAGCGAGGCAGGCUCAGAACGAGGAGCGAGGACGAAUUUGACUGCUAUCCCGGGAACCCCCCGAAGCCAGAGUCGCCCCCCUCAGAGCCCCGCCGGGCGAAGCGCUCGUCACCUACAGGGACAGCGCAAACGCCAGCUAUUCCGCUGGACGUGGUGGUCCAAUUACUGCUCGCGGCUGUGUCAGGGAGAACGACGGCCCCGCGUGAGGAGCUGCUAAGUUACGCGAACACCUCCGCGGAACCGCCGCAGAUCGCGGGCGGCUCGGCCGUGGGGGCGAGCCCCUUGCCGCCUGCGGGCCCGCCCCCAGGGACAGGGCAGCAGACGUGUCCUGCCGCGCUGACGGCGCUGGGCGCUGGCGGCUUGGAGCGGCCGCCGGUUGGGAGCAGCCCCCCGUGCUGCCCGCACUGCCUGGGGGGGACGGGCCCCCGCCCUGGCGGGGCCGCUCGCUCCCGAGAAGGAGGUGCCACCAGCCUGCCCCUCCACCGUGCCGGUGCCGUCACUUGAUCCGCCUGCCGGGGCAGAGCCGCCCCCUGAAAAGGUGGGGGUGGUGCGGGCCCGUCCGUCCAAGGUGCCGUCUGACCUCUGCUGAAAGGGAGCCGUCGGCACCAGCCACCCCAGAGAAGGAGGUGGUGCCGGCGCCUCCCUCCUCUUCGACGUCGGAGACCGACCUGCCCGCUAAGGCAGGGUCUGGGCUGCCCUUCUCUGCUUUAGCAGAGGCAGGGCCGCUCUCUCUAAUUCCCUCAGUUUCUUCGUUCGUUCACCCGGAAGGGGUGCUGACCCCAGCGCUGGACCCCACGAACGGAGCCCUCCCAUCAGUGUCUCCAGCUGCUUCGCCGCUCCCACCCUGUGCUGACAGCAACGAUGGCUUUGUCCUCACUCUAGGAGGGGAGCAGCAGGGGCUGGUUUCAUUCCUGCAGUGGGCAUGGGAGGAGGGAAUGCUGGGGCAGAUGUUUCUGAGCUCUAUUCCAUUGUUCUAAGGGAAGAGCUGAAAACUUGUAAUGAUGAUAUCCAAAUGAGAGAGGCUCAGGUUUUUCCUGUGCC